GUAUUAGUUAAUCACAAAAAUUGUCCAUUCACUCUGGUUAUAAAUAUAAAUAGGCCUUAAUUAUAAAACUAUGCUGCAAGAAAUGGCUGUGCAUGGAUGGUUGCUAGUGAUAAGUGUCCUAGUUAUAGUGACAGUGAGUUUCGCAAGCAGCAAAUUACAAGGAGUUUCCCAGCAUAACAAUGUUGCAGCAUCCCCUCAUAGUAUAUGUUCCGGCGACUUCAGCUUCACCAAAGGUUACAGAUGCCAGGACUAUGAUGUGAUAACGGAAGAUGGGUAUAUAUUAAAAUUGUGGAGGUUCCGCGAAGGCCGAACAAAAGAGAGUCAGUGGGAAGGCAGGAAGAAACAGAAACAGCCAGUCUUCAUCCAGCAUGGAGUACUAAUGAACGGGCAAUGUUGGUUCGUAGUAAGCCAUGCAGAUCAAUCUUUACCAUUAGUACUUGUUGAACAUGGCUAUGAUGUCUGGGUUUCUAAUAGCAGAGGCACCACGUUUAGCCAACGACACAUUUCUUCAAAUAAUUUGAGUUUACCGGCUAAUUAUUGGGAUUUUACCUGGUCUGAAAUGGCAAGUUAUGAUUUACCAACUUUUCUAAAUUUCGUCUACCUCGAAACAGGGCAGAAAGUCCAUUACAUUGGUCAUUCCCAGGGAACUACGAUGAUGUUUGCUGCCUUUUCCGAAUGGAAAGUACAAGAGAGGGUAAAAUCAGCGACGAUGGUAGCUCCUGUCGUUUACUUAAAUCACAUGCCUUUUGGACUCGUCGAUGUAUUAGCCAAAGCCUACAUUGGUGAAAUAGCCGGAUCAUUUGGGAUACCAGACCUCAAUAUAAUGACAGAGCCAAUAGGCACCAUUGUUCGAGCUCUUUGUAAUGUUCCAGGAGUAGACUGCUUCGGUUGGAUCGUUUCACUCUUUACAGGCAUGAAUUGCUGCAUGAAUGCUUCAACUGUUGAACUUUGGUUCGGAAGCCAGCCACAACCUACACCGAUAAAGAACCUGGUGCAUUGGGCUCAAGGUGUCAGGAAACAAGUGUUUGGAAAAUAUGACUACGGUGAUCCUGCCACAAAUUUGGAACACUACGGAGUACCAGAGCCUCCUCCUUACAACAUCCUAAAAAUGCCAAAGGAUUUUCCACUCUUCCUCAUAUAUGGUGGCGGAGAUUUGCUUGCAAUUCGGAAGGACGUGCACAUUUUACUCAAUAAGUUAGGACCAGACCGUAAUAUUCGCGAGCUUUACAUUGAUAACUAUGCCCAUCUGGAUUUUCUUGAAGCAGUGAAUGCAAAAGAUCUUGUUUAUCCAGACAUUAUCAGUUUUAUGCGAGGAAUACGUUAAUAUAUAGAGAUAUGUCCGUAGAGUUGUUAAUUUGUCAAGCUAUCAGAUAUGGUGUGAUCAAAACAUUAGCCUGCCGGCCAGCUUAAUUAACAAGCUAAUUACUGUAUUAUUGUUUCUAUAUUAGUGUCACAUCAGAAUAAUACUUUAAGUAGUUAGUUAUGACCUCAGUUUCCAUUGUAGUAUUA